UGUGACACACAUGGAUGAGAACACCUUAACAAACAUGCCUUAGUACUUGCCAAUCUAUCACAUGUGCAGGUGCAUCACCUUCCAGCACUGGCAUGGCAGUGAGUGGGCUUACUUUCCUAAAACUGAUUAGCAGUGGGAAUAAAAUACUGUCAAGUAUGAGUGAAGGAAGCUCUCGUGUGGCCAUCUGUUGGCUACGGAAUGACCUCAGAUACCAUGACAAUGAGAUUCUUCUUAAGGCAAACAUCAAUGCUGAUCAAGUGCUGCCAGUUUACUGCUAUGACCCUCGUCACUUUAAAGGAACUUAUCACUUCAAUUUUCCUAAAACUGGAUCACAUCGUGCCAGAUUCUUACUUGAGAGUGUGGCAAACUUGCGCAAUACCCUAAGGGAGAAAGGCAGUGACUUGGUUGUGAGGCUUGGUCAACCUGAACAGAUCUUGCCCCUUUUGGUGAAGUCUCUUUCUGCAAGAGAGUGCCACAUCGUGUACCAGGAGGAGGUGACCAAAGAAGAGAAGGAUGUGGAAAUCAAACUUAAAGAAAACUGCCGUCAGUUUGGGGUGAAAUUCCACCCAUUGUGGGGCCUGACUCUCUACCAUAGGGCUGAUAUACCAUUUCCAGUCAGCAGAGUUCCUGAUACAUACACUGGCUUUCGCAAGGCAGUGGAGGCUCAGAGCCUUGUGAGGGCACCAUUGGUGAUGCCAGAUAGUAUGAAGCCUCUCCCACCAGACAUAGAUGUGGGGCAGCUGCCAACUCUAGCUCAGCUUGGAGUUAAAGAACAAUCUAUUGACCGAAGAACUGCUUUCCCAUUCUCUGGUGGUGAGUCACAUGGUUUGGCUCGAUUAAGGCAGUAUUUAUGGGAAACAGAUAAUGUAUUCACCUACAAAGAAACCAGAAAUGGUUUACUGGGCUCAGACUACUCAACAAAAUUCAGUCCCUGGUUGGCUCACGGUUGUCUCUCUCCACGCCACAUUCAUGCUGAGGUGCGUCGGUACGAGAAAGAGCGGCAGGCCAAUCAAAGUACAUACUGGGUUCUCUUUGAGAUGAUCUGGAGGGAUUAUUUCAAAUUUGUGUGUAUGAAGUUUGGAGACCGUGUAUUCUAUCCAUCAGGAAUAAUGGGCAAGAAAAUCCGUUGGAAAAAAGAUCAUCUCAUGUUCCAGAAGUGGAAAGAAGGCAGAACUGGAAUACCAUUUGUAGAUGCCAACAUGAGAGAGCUGCAGGAAACAGGCUGGAUGAGUAACCGUGGCCGACAAAAUGUUGCAUCCUUCCUCAUCAAAGACAUGGGUCUGGACUGGAGACUUGGAGCGGAGUGGUUUGAAUCUCAGCUGCUUGAUCAUGAUGUUUGCAGUAAUUAUGGAAAUUGGAACUAUGCAGCUGGCAUUGGUAAUGACCCAAGAGAGAAUAGGAAGUUCAACAUGAUCAAGCAGGCUUUUGAUUAUGAUCCAAAGGGUGAUUUUGUGCGAUGCUGGGUGCCUGAGUUGGCUGGGUUGAAGGAAGCAAUGAUCCACACUCCAUGGAAACUUACUGGAAAUCAGCUAACCUCUGCAGGGAUUGCUCUAGGAGACACCUACCCAAAUCCUAUCUUGGUUGCCCCUGAGUGGGGUCGACACCAACAUAAAGGGAUGCAAGGAAAAGGACCAGCAUUCAAAGGACCAAGACAGCGAGGGAUUGACUUUUAUUUUAAAUCACCUCCCAAAGUGUGAUGUUUACUGCAGUUUAUUAUAUUUCUUAAUGAUAGCACAUAUUUCAUCUCAAGAAAAAGCUCACACAUUUCAGUGUUUAAUGCUAAGUUCUGAGUCUUACUGGUUCUUUUAUACUGUCACAAACUACUAGAAGUAUCAAAUUACCUUUUUAUGUGGCAACCUGACAUAUAAUGAAGUAUAUGGUUGUAUAGUAGAUUGAAGUAAGCAAGUGACUCAAUUUCUGAAGUGCACAUGUAAAGAGGCAGAAAUCUUACAUUUAUUUAUUAAGUAUCAAUAUAGAAGCACAGGGGGAACACUGUUUAAACACAAAACAUGAAAGUAACAAUAAAUCCAUUCUGUCACUAAACCUGACAUACAUGUGAAUAAAAUAAUAACCCUAUA